AUGAUGUCCGGGUGGUUUGCGUCUUCCUCGCAGCUCGACGAGCAAAUCGACCGGGCCACAUCAAGCUCUCUAGAAGAUAUUGCUCUCAAUCUCGAAAUCUCCGAUAUCAUACGAUCGCGGACGGUCGGCUCCAAGGAGGCAAUGCGCUCCUUGAAGCGGCGCAUUGGAAACAAGAACCCGAACACGCAACUGAGUGCACUUAAUCUCACAGAUACCUGCGUUAAGAAUGGCGGCUCCCAUUUUCUCGUCGAGAUAGCGUCUCGGGAGUUCAUGGAUAACUUAGUGUCGCUGCUGAAGGCAUAUGGAGGGGCCGCGGUUAAUGACGACGUCAAGAAUAAAAUACUUGAGUUGAUCCAGACGUGGGCCACAGCGACAGAGGGCCGACACGAUCUCGCCUACAUUGGCGAAACAUACAAGGGCUUGCAGAAGGACGGGUUCCAUUUCCCACCCAAGGUUGAUGUUGCUAAGAGCAUGGUGGAUAGCAGCGCGCCCCCUGAAUGGACCGACUCCGAUGUUUGCAUGCGAUGCCGAACACCCUUUAGCUUCACAAAUCGAAAACAUCACUGCAGGAAUUGUGGCAAUGUCUUCGACCAGCAGUGCUCGAGCAAAGUGCUCCCUCUCCCUCACCUGGGAAUCCUGCAGCCUGUCCGGGUUGACGAUGGGUGCUAUGCCAAAUUAACUGAUAAGUCACCUAAAGCCGGACCGUCGGGUAACGAUGGGUCUUCGCACAAGCAUAGACAAGCUUCGAUGCAACCUCGAAGCGCAAGAGUGGAUGAUGGAUUUGACGAGGACCUCAAACGGGCCCUGGCAAUGAGCCUAGAGGAGGUCAAUCAUCAUUCUGGGGCCGGAUAUGUUCCUCAGGCGAAGCUUCAGUCUACCUCCGCGCCUGCAGCCACAAAUGGGGUGUCGCAAUCAGCAAUAAUCAAGCCCCCCGAGGAAGAAGACGAAGAUCUGAAGGCGGCUAUUGCGGCAUCAUUAGCUGAUAUGGAAGAACAAAAGAAAAACCAUGCGGCGACGAUAAAGGAGCAAGCAGAGAAUGCCGGCGCAAAAUCCGCGCCAUUUGUAUUGCCGAAGAAUGACUAUGAACUCACUCCCGCCGAAGCAGACAAUAUCAAUCUAUUUUCGACGUUAGUUGAUAGGCUACAGACGCAGCCGCCAGGAACGAUUCUACGCGAACCACAAAUUCAAGAAUUGUAUGAUAGUAUUGGGACUCUUCGACCUAAACUCGCACGAACGUAUGGUGAAACUAUGAGCAAGCAUGACGCCUUACUUGACCUCCAUGCCAAGCUUUCGACUGUUGUACGAUACUACGACCGUAUGCUCGAGGAACGGUUGUCCAACACGUAUAACCAGCACACCAUUAGUGGGUACAAUCUGCCUCCUCAAAGGCCAGCGUCAACGAUGUAUCCGUCGAUAUCAUCCAAUCCUCCAAAUGGUCUAGAUGGCGCCGAAAGCUUCUACACUGGCAAUGCCCAGCCAGAGCCAUAUCACAAACCUCAAUCGAUUUACUCGCAUGCUUCUCCUCAGCAGUAUAUCAAGAGACUCCCUGUCGCACACUCGGGGUACCCGCCAGAGCAGCGAAGGGAUAGUUAUGGCCAAUACUCGGCCCAACAACAGUCGCCAGAGCAUCAAAGGACUAAGAGCCGGCAGACAUCCGAGCCACCAUCAACCCCAUAUGUAUCUCAACAACCGGGGUAUGCUACUGAGAACACUGUCCAACAGGCUCCUCCGCCUUCCCACGCACCUUCUCAGCCACCAUCCAAUUACACGCAUACGGACCCUGCUAUAACACAAUCUACCGAUUCCAGCACAGCGUUCUACUAUAAUACUGUUCAACACCCCGCCCCUCCACAGCCAGCUCCAGAACAGAAUCCGGCCCAAUAUCCACCUACAGCCUCACCUCAGCAAUACCACGCGAUUGCCUCACAAUCCCAAUCACCAGAACAAUAUAAACGACAACCUCAACAACCACAGGAAUACCACGCCACGCCUGCCCCGCAACCGCAACCGCAACCGCAACCGCAACCGCAACCGCAACAGCAGCAGCCGCCAUACUGGCAGCAACAACAACAAGUUGCGACAUCUCAACAGGCCUGGCAGCCUCCAGCGCCAACCUACAAUGGAUACACGCAAGAUUCGUUCCCUUCCGCGCCUCACCACGCCCCCCAGCCGAAGGUGGAAGAUGCUCCACUCAUUGAGCUCUGA